UAUAGAUUAUAAGAGUUUAGCUGCUUGCGUUUUACUAGAAUCAAUCACUUUCCUUCUUCUAAACAAGUAUUUAAAUACUUCACUUUGUCUGGAUGUGGAAUGCAGGGCAGCAAAGCUCGCGCCAAGGCUAAAAAGCACUCUUCCAGGGCUGGUCUCCAGUUUUCUGUGGGCCGAAUGCACCGCCUCCUCCGCAAGGGCAACUACGCCAAGCCGGUCCGGGCCGGUGCGCCGGUGUACCUGGAGGCGGUGCUGGAGUACCUGACCGCCAAGAUCCUGGAGUUGGCGGGCAACGCGGCCCGAGACAAGAAGACCCGCGUCACCCCCCGACGCCUGCAGCUCGCCAUCCACGACGAGAAGCUCAACAAGCUGUUGGGCAAAGUUACUAUCGCGCAGGGCGAUGUCCUGCCCAAUAUUCAGGCCGUGCUGUUGCCCUGUCUAUACAAGUGACUGACUAGGCAAACAGGACUAAUGAGAAAAUGUUUAAUAUCUCAAGUACAUCACCCAGGAAUCCUGCCUUAUAAUGGUCAAAGGUUUCUAGCUAGCAGCAGUCCAGGUGACUCAAGAAAACGGCACAAGAUAAACUUCUCAAAACGUGGUCCUCCGAAUCUGGCCCCACAACACAUCUACUGAAUGAGAAUUAGCGUCUUCCAAAGUCUUAAAGUAGUCGUUUACGGACUACAGCUUGAGAAGCGCAGAAUUAGAACUUUAAGAAGUUAACGUUCUUGGAUCGCAGACUAACCGAGAAGAGAGGAUUCAAAAAUGAAGUGAUUCAUCCAAUCAGAUUUUCCAGUAAUUCACCAAUCACAUCGUUGGACUCUUCAGCCAAUGGUUUUGUUGCGCGGGACUUUUGAAAAUCAACAAGGCCAAUUGGAAUGUUUCUGAGUAUAUAUAAGGGCAGUUUCCACUCUGCCAAGUGGCUGAGUUUUUCUUUCAGGUAGUCUGAGAUGGCCCGCACCAAGCAGACUGCACGCAAGUCCACCGGUGGCAAAGCGCCGCGCAAGCAGCUGGCCACUAAGGCGGCUCGGAAAAGCGCGCCGGCCACCGGCGGCGUGAAGAAACCUCAUCGCUACCGUCCCGGCACCGUGGCUCUGCGCGAGAUUCGCCGCUAUCAGAAGUCGACUGAGCUGCUGAUCCGAAAAUUGCCUUUCCAACGCCUGGUGCGAGAAAUCGCUCAGGACUUCAAGACAGAUCUGCGCUUUCAGAGUUCCGCGGUGAUGGCCCUGCAGGAGGCUUGCGAGGCCUACUUGGUGGGGCUCUUUGAGGAUACCAACCUGUGUGCCAUCCAUGCUAAGCGAGUGACUAUCAUGCCCAAGGACAUUCAGCUCGCUCGCCGCAUUCGUGGGGAGAGAGCGUAGAGGUUUCCGGGCAGUAAUUCUAUCCAAUUUAAAAAGGCUCUUUUAAGAGCCGCCUACUUUCACCCGAAAAUAGCUGUGAUUAACUAAUCAAAUCUUUGAAACUAAACAUUGGUUUUAGUACUUAAGUCCUCAUUUGAUUGGCUAAAGUUAAUGGUAAGCUUGCUAUAUUUGUUCCCGUGCUUUUUCCCGAAAGUGCCAGAUUGUCAGCGUCCUUUUCUAAACUGGCUUUUAGGGGUUUGGUGCUUAGAUUUGGUAGUGGAAGGGGCCACCUGGGGGCGUUUAUAUACAUUGUCUCAAGCGUUAGUCGCGUUGUCUACUUACACCCAUUAUAGAUGGGAUUUUUUUUCGUUGUGUAUUUCUGGCUAAUCCCUUUUAAAACUUUACAGGUAUGAGCAUUGGCAGUUGAGAGUAGGUAGGGAUAUCCUUGGUUGCUGCUUUUUCGUGUCUGAAGCAGCUAUUUGCACAAUUCCCCCUUUUUUUAAACAGUUCUUGGUUUUUCUGUGAAAUGAUCCAUUUUUGGCUGAUAGUUAAUUCAAUAUUAGAAAUUGGCAGCAGAAACGAAAGCCAGAUUGGCCUCUACAUUACUGGCAGCAUGGGCAUUACGUGGGAACUUGUUAGAAGCUCCCAGGGCAUUACAUGGGAGCUUGUUUCAAUCCCCAUCUAGGGCUGGAGUCAAAUCUGCAUAUACCUCAGAUGAUUCUCAUGAACACUGAUUUAGGAAGCCUAGGUUGUUGGUUUUGGUCUCAUCAGUAAAGGCAUCCUGCCUGUGAACUCUUACAAGGAGUGAGCUUUUGCAAAAUGCAUGUUUAUUUAUGUUGCAGAAUGAAAUAUUCUAUGAAAUGUUCUCUAAAGCAAGUGCACAGAAAAAUCCCCUAAAAUAGUUUGAUUUCUUUACAGAUCAGUUUUCUCAAUGUAACAUUACAGUCACAUGGGAAGGCUUUAGAAAAAUCUUUACCUGGGGUUCAAUGAGACUAAUAGCAAUCUAGAGUGGGCCCAGGGAAUGGUAAUUAUUAAAAUUCAGGUGCUUCUAACAAACAGCUGGGGCUGAGACUCCUUGCUACAUAAAUUUUAAUACUCUUAUUAGCUCUGGUUUGACUCUAGGCUUAGCAGUUUUCUAAUUGAAUCAGUUUCCUUGUAGUUUGCCUUCAGAGAGAAUAUACUGGUCUCUAAAGACUUUCUGGCUUGCUUGACUUUCUUUCAACACCUGGCUUUUAUAAGAAUUUCUUAGGGCAACACUAAUGUAAGUUUUUUCUUUUUUGUUUUGUUUUGUUUUUUGUUUUUUUGAACCACCGAGGUCCUUUCAGUGAUUGGAAGUAUCAGGUUUUUAGGGAUGUUACAAGGAGGAACACAUACCAUCCUGGGCUGCUUGGCAUACAACCAAGAUAUGUUUUCAUAUAGAACCCUUCCUUUACAGAUUAGCACAAGGCCCUGUUUGGGUAUUCAGCAGAUCCUUCUUUAUGAUCUUUAUUAAUUUAGCAACUUGUCAUUUUUUUUCACAUAUUGCUUUUAUUUAAAAAACUUAUUUGACAUUCCAGAAUAUAUGGGAAAGGUGAUAAUAGUUUAAUAAAACCUAUGUUCCUCUCAUCCAGCUUCAAUAACAACAUUGGCUAAGUGUUUUAUCUAUUGAUUUUUGUAAAGCAAAUAAUGAAACUGCCUAAUGGGUUCACCUUG